AUGAAUCCAAGAGGAGAUCUCCUUUCUCAAGUGUUAGGACCUGAUAAUCCUGGUCGGCUGAGGGCAAUGGGUAGAAGCAUGAGUAUGAGUAAGUUAGCUUGUUUCCAAGUGAAAAGUAAGCUUAUGGAUGAAAUGCAAGAGAAGCAAUUUCAUCUGAUACAUAAGAGACAAGAACCUGAAGUUGGUGAAAACUCAGCAGCUGCUAAAAGCGUGAAUAAAAAAUCACAACCCAGAUUUGUGUUGGUUGAUUGGUAUGGAAGUAAUGAAGACGUUGCUACUAGACGCAUUCUUUCAUUUGAUCCUGCAGACUUUGUGAAUGACAUCCCACUUGGCCCUGUUGCUGUUAAGAUUCUGGUUGAGACUGCAAAAAAAGAAGAUGGUUUUCUUUGGAGACCUGCCCCUGCAAUGUUUACAAUUGGGGAAGCUGUUGGGCAUAUAAUUGCAUGGCCUUCAAACAACUGUGUUAUUUCAGAUCAGGACCUGGAACCAGAAGACAUUGCGCCUAGGGCUGCUUCGGCGAAUUCUAUAAACAAAUGCAAACUGUUGGACUGGUCAACAAACGAUGAAGUUGUUGGAGAAGGCCGCUGGCAGUCUAAGGAACCAAAAGCAUUGGUCAACGGUCUCCCUCUCGGACCUAAUGCAGUUAAAGUUUAUGUGGAUGUCGUACAUGCACCUGAAACAUUUCUUUGGAGGCCUACAGCUGAAAAGACAUAUCUUGAGGACUCUUUGAUGUCUUUUGUAGCCUGGACAGCAGGUAGAGUUGUAUAUGAAGAUAGUACAGAUGGAGAAUAUCACAUAUCUCCAUCACGGAAGCUUACACCAUAUGAUAAGGUGGCAACUUCAAAAUCUGCAUCAACAAGUACGAGAACUGCCUCACCAGCAAGUACGAAAUCUCAACAAACAAGUCCACAAGCUUCUCUGAAGAAGCCUCAACCUCCUUCUGAAUCUAAUAUUCAAGGAUCUUUGGUUGCAGUUGGCCGGGAAAAUCAGAAGGUGAAGUUGAUGGACAUUUCUGGAAAGAAGUGUGUUGUUGCUGAAGGGCGUUGGGCUUCAAACAACCCAGAGAAAAAUGUCCAUUUCGUUCCCUUAGGUAACAAUACUGUUAGAGUUUGGAUUGACAUAGUCAAUGUCAAGGAUGCAGCAGUUUGGAGGCCAUGUUCCGAAAUAGAGGCCAUGGAAGAUGCAAUUGGUACAUCCAUUGCAUGGCCAGAGGACAAUGUAAUCUUGUGUUAG